AUGUCACGACUUGCCGUCCCUCGCGUCUCUCUGUACUCCAGCUUACAUGGAUCUCCCCGUACGCCCUUAAGGGCCAUUGAGUCGCCAUGCCGCAUUCUGCCUGUUUUUCGUGCAUCGAGGCCGCAAUGCUCUCCCCAGGCUGUUCGGAGCUUCUCAAUAAGCCCACAGCUACACAAAAAGGCCGGUAAAGCGAACAAAUCACACGCGCGAACCGACUCGUCACCGCCAAUUAGCAAAGCUGGUGCUUUCACCCCCACCGACGAAGCCUACGAUGUCUCCGGGCUGGAAGCGCAAAUACUCCAGGCAAUUGAAAAGCUGACACAUGAACUGAGCCAACUGCGAAGUGGAGGAAAGCUCAAUCCGGAUAUUGUAGAAAGCCUGAAGGUGCAGUUGGGUACAGCUAGCCAUGGCAAAGAGAGCGUCAGACUAGGGGACAUUGCCCAAGUCGUGCCGAGAGGAAGAUUGCUGAAUGUCAUUUGCGGAGAGGAAGGGCACAUCAAACCCAUAACUACUGCUAUCGCUGCAUCUCCGCACUCGCUCACGCCUCUUUCACCGGAACCCUCCAAUCCUCUGACUAUUCAAGUUCCCCUCCCACCACCAACGGGUGAAUCGCGCCGUGCUGCCGUCGAGGCGGCUGUCAAGGCUGCUGAGCGCGCAGACAGGCACAUUCAACAAGCGCGACAGGAGCAUAAUAAAAAGCUGCGCAAGUUCGACGUCAACCGCGAAGUGCUACCAGAUGAUCUGCAAAAGGCAAAGAAGAUGAUGGAAGAUGUGGUUAAGAAGGGCCACAUAGAGGUUAAGCGCAUCAGUGACGGCGCUAAAAGGGUCCUUGAAAGUCAAUAAUCGAGAUAAAGAAGCUGUAUAAUGCCAACUUGCACCAAACUGUGGCAUGAUGUUACGCUAGGGUCGGUACAGACAAAUAUGUUAGCCCUGACAGUGUCGAGUACGAUUUUCGCGGUGGAAUGCCAAUCAGCCUUCAACAGGAAUGCUAAAAGCUGGACUGAACGUAAUACUCUUUGUUACAUUCCGGCAUGCCUCCAGUUGAUUUGCUCUUGAAAUGCAUCUCGACUAAUGCAGACGACGUGGGGUACGAAGGCUGACACAACGCGGGGAAAAACAUGGUCGGUUCAAAC